AUGUUAUCUAUAACAGCUUUCGUCCUCUCUGCCUUUGCUUUUGUGCCAUCUCUAGCUGCUACGGCCUCCACAGUGAGUGCAGAAGAUCAGUUGGAAAUAUUGGCUGUUCAUAAUCAGUAUCGUGCCAUGUCUGGUGCUGCACCUCUUGUUUGGAACACAACAGUUGCAGACUUCGCUGAAAGCUGGGUAAAUCAGUGCAUAAACGCACACAGUCUAAGUCCUAUCUAUGGAGAGAACAUGGGAUAUGGCUACAAUACUUGGGAACUAAUGACAGACAGAUGGGCGGAGGAGGCCCAGUACCAUAACUUUAAUACAGAAGAACUUCAAAUUGAAACACUACACUUUACUCAGGUAGUUUGGAAAUCAACCGUAUCCAUUGGAUGUGCAAGGAGCAGCUGUGAUUUUAAUCCAAGAUUUUACUCCUGCAACUACUACCCGCAUGGAAAUACUUUGACACAAUUCGAAGCAAACGUUUCUCCACCCAGCUAA